AUGCCUGCCCGAAAGAAGCGGGCUGUGCUCACUAAGCACGCGCUACUCACACGUGGUGGUAGAAUUUUAUCUUUGAUCCCUACAGAAAAUGCAAUCUCUGAUGAUGGUAAUGCAUCUGACGUCGAUGAUGAAUUAUUGGGCGCUCCAGUUUCGCAUUCAGACUCAUCUUCCCCAGCCCUAUCUAUUGCGAGUUCCUUAGAAAGACUGAAUAUAUUAGAUUCCGAUGAUGAAACCUCAACCGAUGAGAAUGUUCGACUUACGCCUAUAUUCCAAGAAGUAUACCCGAAUCCAUCGCUUGAGCCCGAUUGCAGCACUAUUCCAAUAAUAAGCGACAUUCCAACACUGCCUGCAACCCCUGCUACGCCUGCAACUCCUGCCAGUCCUGCUACACUAAAUCCUGUAUCUCAAGUCGCUUCUGCAUCACAAGCUUCGCCUGCACAACCUUCAGUGUCCAUACCUAGCACCCCCACUACAUCCUCUACAUUGCCAAAUCGUCUAACUAGAAAAAGACGAUCGAAAAAACCGACGGUUCCUGUUGCUAAGCGCUCACGCAGAAUCAAAAAGUUCAUUCUGUGCUAUAAAUGGAAAAGGGCUGCUGUUUUUCGACACAAAGCAACUGUGGAAGAUGUACCAGAAAUCGAUUCUCAGACACCUACUAUUCCCUUAGACUAUUUUUACAAGUUUUUUUCCCCAGACGUUAUAACUGACAUUGUAGAACAAACAAAUGCGUAUUCAAUGGAAAAAACCGGACGAUCGAUUGAAUUAGUUGAAGACGAACUUCGAGAUUUUCUGGCUAUUCACAUCAUGAUGGGGGUCGUGUCCAUGCCUUCAUAUACAGACUAUUGGAGUCUGCAAUAUAGAUUCGGUUUAGUUGCAGAUCUAAUGCCCAUAAAAAGGUACCAAAAAAUUCGAAGAUACCUUCAUUUCGUCGACAAUAGCACUGAUAAUAGUGACAGAUAUCACAAGAUUAGGCCCAUAGUUGAAAAAAUAAGAGCAAAUUGUUUAGCUCAAGAAGUCGAGACCAAGUUCAGCAUAGACGAAAUGAUGAUUCCUUACAAAGGGACUAAGGCCGGCAAGAGACGCCAAUACAUGAAAGACAAACCCAAUAAAUGGGGUUUCAAAAACUUUGUCAGAGCUGGAGUAUCAGGUAUGAUCUAUGAUUUUAUUCUGUACGGAGGAGAGGACACUUUCAGGUUCCAUAAUUUCACAGAAGAAGAAUUGUCGCUAGGCUUUGGAGCUCAGGUAGUCAUUGCUUUGUGCAGAAGUAUAAAAAAAAUACCAGCUUUUAUAUUCUGCGACAAUUUUUUUUCAUGCCCAGAACUCUUCUACAUUCUGAGAGAAAACUACGGCAUUUUUGCAUUGGGCACCAUCAGAAAAAAUAGAUUGAGAGGAGCAGAUGCAGUUUUACGUACGGAAAAAGAAAUGAAGAAAAAGCCUCGAGGAGCUUAUGACCAAGUAGUUUGUGACAAAAAUCGCCUGACAGUUGUGCGUUGGAAUGACAACAAAGUCGUAACGUUGGUCAGUACUUAUGUAGGUACAGAACCGGUAGAGAAAAUCAAACGCUACUGCAAAGAGGCCAAACAAAAAGUUGAAGUCAAUUGUCCACAAGUGGUCAAAGAGUAUAAUAAACAUAUGGGUGGUGUAGAUUUGGCGGAUAUGCUCAUCUCGCUGUACAGAACUCCUUUCAAGACACGACGUUGGUAUAUCGGCAUAUUUGCCCAGCUGCUUGAUAUAUGCAUCAACAAUGCAUGGCUAUCUUACAGAAAUGAUUGUACUAAAAUAAAAAAAAAGGCUAUGCCUUUGAAGGCUUUUAGGUACGAAAUCUAUGAAGGACUCAAAAAGAAUAGACGUGCUGUGAUUGACCCACUCGACAUCAAAAAACGACCACAAAAAGCGAUACAGCCAGUUCCCGUUGAGUCCUCGCGAUUUGACAAU